AUGGUGUACAAUUUUAAAGUGUUUAGAAAGUGUACGCCCAAUGGCAAGCACACGCUGUACAUGGCCAAGCGUGAGUUCGUCGACCACAUCUCCUUCGUGGAACCGAUAGAUGGCGUGGUUAUGCUGGACGAGGAGUACGUCCGCGCGCGCAAGGUAUUCGUACAGGUGGUAUGCACGUUCCGCUACGGCCGCGAAGAAGACGAGGUCAUGGGCCUCAAUUUCUACAAGGAGUUGUACCUCGCCUCGGAGCAGGUCUACCCGCCACCGGAGAAGCAAUCUUACGAGCUCUCCAAAACACAGGUACGUUCGUGA